AUGGAAGAAAUAUAUGGCUAUUACAUAGAUCUAAUGCUGGUUGUAGCAGAUCAAAGAACGGAAGCAGCAGCCAGGCUGGUGGAAUUCGACUCAGCCGGGUGUCCUAGGCUGGAGUUCGAGGACGCUGAGCUCCUGGUCAGGAUAAUGGACGCGACCAGAACCUGCAGGGGAGACUACCUGUCGAGUACGCGGGACCAGCCAGCCAUUGCCAGGCUCAGUUGUCCUCGGGGCCACGAGGCUGUGUUCCGAAACGGGGAGACGCGGAGGCCUUGGGUGCAGGAGCUCUCCUGCCUGGCCUACGAGCAGACAUGGAGGCCCCUGGUGAACGAGGACCAGCCUUCUCUCGAGGAGGCCUUCAGCGUCGAGGACCUACCUUCUUGCCAAUUAGUCGUGAGCGCUGGUUACUCAGUAGCCUCCCAAAUCACGACUCUCGUUUUGACCACAGUGUUGGCGCUGGCGCUCGCUCACAAUCUUUGAUCCAACUCGUGACACAUGUAAUGGCGAAGAAUAUCGAGCCAGUGAAACACAUGAAAGGAGAGAGAGAGAGAGAGAGAGAGAGAGAGAGAGAGAGAGAGAGAGAGAGAGAGAGAGAGAGAGGAGAGAGAGAGAGAGAGAGAGAGAGA